AUGCUGGAUGAUGUCCAAGGAAUCACCAAUAAUGUCAACACCUACGCUAAGUAUGAUGAAGGUCAUGAAACCAAUGACCAUACAGACCUUUACAAUAAUACUAAUACUAAUAUCAUAGAGAAGCCAUUUACUGAAAACCCUCACAACUAUUGGAUACCUUCCGGUAUUAUGGCAGAACUCACUACAAAUAUUUAUAAAGGAAACACCUUAUUACAAUCUUAUCUACGAAAUAAGAAUAUUAAAUUCAACCCACUUCCGAUGGACAAACAAAUUGUUAACCAAGAGACGUUACUUUCUACAAGACUACUUACACUGGAUGCCUUGUCUUCACUUAAUGAAAUACAAAAAGAUGAAGCACUUAAGUCAUUUAUUCCUAACACCAACCUACCUCUGAAAAUGAAACACGAAAAGAAAAAUUGGAAUGUAAGACUAUGCCCAUCUUUCAGAACAACCAUGAUACAAGAUUUGUCUUUAGAAAAAUCACCCAAACCAACAAUAAACACAAAGACAUCUGGAAAAGGUUUGGAAAAUGUCUAUCCCAUAUGGCAAAAAUUUUUCCCACAACACUGGGCUACAACAAUUAUCAGAGAUGGUUAUUAUCCUAUAUGGGAACAUACUACUAUCUUGGUCAUUAUUGUACAACAAAAACAAGCAAUUAAAACUCCAAAAUUGAAAUUCAUUCGUACAUCUUUCAUCCGAAAGCAAACAACAGCUCCUACAAUAGGUGAAGCAGUUAUCCCAUCACAAAGGAAAGAAAAUUUGGCUAAACAUUCCACAUUCAACCAUACAAACUGA